AAGCGAUUUGUGUAUGAGCGUUACGUAAAAUAAGUUAUAAAUAUACAGAAGUAGUAUUUCCCGCUGAAGUAGCCCCAGGCGGGAAUUCGAAAUUUUCCGUAAUCAUGGUAAGACAGCGAAUCCUCAGUGCGAUCCUGGCCAGAACCCAGGCGCUGCGCAACUACCGCGCGACUUUUGUGCAGGGCACCCGUCUGGAGUACGUGUCCUACAGCACUCCGAGGAACCAAAUGGAGGCGCCACCGAUUGUGGUGAUGCACGACCUCAACCUGUCGGGGGAAUCGUGGCGCCACGUGGCCAGCAACCUGAGCCAGCAUGGUCUGCGCCAGGUGAUCACCGUGGAUGCCCGCAAUCAUGGUCUCAGUCCGCACAUCUCGGGUCACUCACCGCUCCACCUGGCCGCCGAUGUGGAGGCCCUGAUGGGUCACCAGCGUUUGAACAAGAUUGUGGCCCUGGGACACGGAAUGGGUGGUCGGGCGAUGAUGACCCUGGCCCUCACUCAGCCGCAGCUCGUGGAGCGGGUCAUCCUGGUGGACACAACGCCGGCUCCGGUGCCCAGUAGCUUCUAUCUCACGCGGGAGGUGUUCGAGAUGAUGAUUCAGGUGGCGCCCACCAUUCCGGCGAAUCUUUCACUCUCCGAGGGACGCAGGUUUAUCCUGCCCAUUUUCCAAGACGUGGUCCAAGAUGUCUCCGAACUGCGGACGGUUAUUCAAAAUCUGCGCAAGAUGCAGGAUAGCACCUUCGGCUGGUCAGUGAAUCCUCAGGCGGUGCUCAGCUCCUGGGCGGAAAUGAUGAUCGACUACGAGUCCACUAUAGGUGGACUGAGUCCCUUUAUGGGCGAAGUCCUGCUCAUCGCCGGAUCUCAGUCGGAGUUUGUCACCUCGACCAGUAUUUCCAUAAUGCAAAGGUACUUUCCCAAUACGGUUGUCCAAAUUCUAGACGCAGGUCAUUGUGUGUACGAGGAUCAGCCGGAACAGUUUGUGGAACUGGUCGUGGAGUUUACCCAAGUCUGCCUAGUUUGUUGAAGAAGUGGUGCUUCACAUUUUGAGGCAAUUUUACCUGUAUAACCCUUCUAACUAGUCCUUGAAAGUGCUGAAAUUUCAGCUUUCAAUACACUCCAUCGAUAAUUGCACUGUCAGCACAAUGGAAACCGCAGAAAAAAAAAACGGGCUGAAUGGCAGGGCGAUUUGUAGUGCUGCAGUGAAAAUCGAUGGGAAGUCAACGUGGCAGCCAAUCGAAAGGAUACCCGAUACCCGAUACUCGACUCAGGUGCUCCAAAGUGGUAGCCUGGAAGAUUGGCACACAAAGGCCAAUGCCUCAACCCGCCAAUUUGCCAAUAAAGCAGCCGAAGGUGAGGCGAAAUGCGCCACAAUGCGAUACAAUUUAGAUUUA